UCUCUAUAUAAGCGACGCUCUCAUUUCAUAGUCUCAACCAGAAGAGGAAACAAACAAACAAACAAAAUAUCAUCCGCCAUUUUCCUGAUCUCCAUGGAAACCAACUCUGAUUGCUUUUGGCUUUUGUUUAUUGCUUCCAAAUGCAAAACUUUCUCCUCUCAAAACUCCAUUUGGCUUCUUCUUUUACUUUGCAUGGGUUGGCUGGGUAUGACCCUCUGUUUUUGGUUGUACCCUGGAGGUCCUGCCUGGGGUAAGUAUCAUUGGCUCCGCAAGAGAGGUGCCACGAAGCACAAUAACAUCAUUCCAGGGCCACGAGGUUUCCCAGUGCUGGGAAGCAUGGACAUCAUGCUUAAUCUGGCUCACCAUAAAAUUUCUGCAGCAGCUAAGUGUUUUGAUGCUAAACGGCUCAUGGCCUUUAGCUUGGGUGAUACAAGGGUUAUGGUUACAUGCAACCCUGAUGUAGCCAAAGAGAUUCUUAACAGUUCCGUUUUUGCUGAUCGUCCAGUGAAAGAGUCGGCAUACAGUUUAAUGUUCAACAGAGCCAUUGGUUUCGCUCCUUAUGGGGUUUACUGGCGAACCCUCAGAAGAAUUGCUGCCACACAUCUAUUUUGUCCUAAACAAAUCAGCUUCACCGAGGCACAGAGGUCUGAUAUCGCCUCUCAAAUGCGUUCUAUAAUAGCAUGUCGGGGUGGAACCGGAGAAAUCUCCGUACGGGAUAUACUCAAGAAAGCAUCUCUUAACAACAUGAUGUGCUCGGUGUUUGGCAGCAAGUAUCAACUUGGUUCGUCAAAUACUGAAACUGAACAACUCAGCCAGCUUGUCGAAGAAGGUUACGACCUAUUAGGGAAGCUCAAUUGGUCUGAUCAUCUCCCAUGGCUCGCUGGUUUAGACCUUCAAAAAAUCCGGCUUCGAUGCACCCAACUUGUUCCCAAAGUGAACAAGUUUGUGAGUAGAAUCAUUCAACAACAUAAACUGCAACCUGAGACAACAAACCAUGAUUUCGCGCACGUUUUACUUUCUCUUACUGGACCUGAUAGACUCUCGGACAACGAUAUGAUUGCCGUACUUUGGGAGAUGAUAUUUAGAGGAACGGACACUGUGGCGGUUUUAAUAGAGUGGAUACUAGCGAGAAUGGUGCUUCACCCGGAAAUCCAGUCAAGAGUGCAGGCGGAGCUUGAUGAAGUUGUGGGGAAAUCACGAGCGUUAAUGGAAUCAGAUAUUCAAUCGAUGGUUUACCUGCAGGCAGUAGUGAAGGAGGUUCUGAGGCUGCACCCACCUGGCCCACUUCUAUCAUGGGCCCGGUUGGCAAUCACAGACGCUACUAUUGAUGGAUAUCACGUGCCUGCUGGGACCACAGCCAUGGUUAACAUGUGGGCCAUCACCAGGGACCCAGAAAUUUGGGUGGACCCACUCAAGUUCAUGCCAGAGAGAUUCGUGUCCAAGGACAGUAGUACUGAUGUGGAAUUCUCGGUGUUAGGGUCAGACCUCAGGCUGGCGCCAUUCGGGUCAGGCCGUCGGACUUGCCCAGGUAAGACGUUGGGUUUGGCCAGUGUUAACUUUUGGGUGGGAUCCUUAUUGCAUGAAUUCGAGUGGGUGCAAUCGGAUGCUAAUCCAGUUGAUCUCACCGAAAGGCUUAGGCUCUCCUGCGAAAUGGCUAACCCUCUUAAGGUCAAAGUGCAGCCUAGGCGCAGAUGAAAUGAUAAUCGCACAAUUUAUGAUGGUUCAAUCUGAGAUUAUAUACUAUCCUUUUUUAGUAACCAGUUGUUAGAUAUAUAUGGUAAGAUUUAAAAUGUAUAUAUCUCGAUGUUUUCUCUAGAAAUAUCAAUGUUUCCUGACCUACGUCCCUACUAUAUAUAUGGAUAAUACUACGUAAUUUUAUUUAACUGCAAUAAGGUUUUGAUC